UGGUUCCUCAGGAUCAUGGGUCUGGGCCGCCAUAAGCUCGUCCUCCUGGUCCUGGUCUUGUCCGUCUCCGUCCUGCUCUACCUGCUCCUCCCCUCCAUGAGGCCCGAACCGGAGGAGGCCGAGGCCGCCCGCGCCGAGCCCCCCGACGGCACGAACGUCACCGUGCGGACGGCGACCCUGAGCGGAGCCUGGCCCACCUUCUACCGGGAGGCCGUGCCGAGGGGCAGCCUGGAAAGGUUAGGACCGGGAGGUUCCCGUGCUGUUACUGCAUGGACGCUCCUUCACCUCAAAAACCUGGGAGGACCUGGGACGCUGCAGAUCCUGUCCGAGCACGGAUACCGGGCGGUGGCCAUACGACUUACCAGGAUACGGCGAGUCCCUACAAGCUCAGCCCAUGUCUUCAGAGAAGGGCCGCACUGGGUAUCUCCUCCACGUCAUGGAGGCGCUGGGCACACGUCAGCCGGUCAUCAUCAGUCCGUCCAUGAGCGGCCUCUUCUCCGUACCGCUCCUCCUGCAGCACCCCGACCGCCUGAGGGGCUUCGUGCCAGUUGCUCCUGUGGGGACAAAGAGCUUCAAACCGCAGCAGUACCAGCAGAUCCAGGUCCCCACCCUCAUCGUAUUCGGCACAGAAGACAUGAACCUGGGCAGCCAAUCACUAGAGAGCCUGCGGCACCUGCCGAACCGCACGCUGAGCCCCCUUAAAGGAGCCGGGCACGCGUGCUACAUGGACAGACCGGAGGAGUUCCACACAGCUCUGCUCAUGUUCCUCAGCAAACUAUAAUCCCUAUCAGACUGACCGCAGGAAGAUCUCCUCAGGUGAAGGACUCGGCACCUUCUGCUCAUAGACACCUGUGACAAGAGGCAGGUGUGCAACCAGGACUAUGACUAGUGAACCAUUGUAUGAAAGGAGAGGUAAGUGGGUGCAGUGGGGAAUAAUUAGGGUGGGGAUUCCUCCAGCAGUGUCCUAAAUCUAUUCAUGGCGCUGACAAAAUGGAGACCUCAAAACCCAACUAAAGGAAACGGCGAAUGUCACUUCCCAUGUUCUGCACUGAUUAGUUUGAUAAUGUAUCAUUACAGAAGGACUUGUUUCCCCGAUACAGAGCUCCAAAUCUCCUGCAUAGACAAGCAGUAACAACAGCGACCACUAAAGAGAGCUCACUACAUACAGAAUAUACAGUCACCACUAGGGGGAGCUCACUACAUACAGAUUAUACAGCGACCACUA